AUGACUGGGAGAAAGGUGGAACUGGCAUUCAUAGUCAAUAAUCAUGACAGGAAGGUAUCAUAUAGAAGAAGGAAGAAGUCACUGUUGAAGAAGAUGGAAGAACUCAGCACCCUCUGUGGAGUAGAAGCAUGUGCUAUAGUGUAUAGCUCCUUUGAUCAAGAGCCACAGAUUUGGCCAUCCGAAUCGGGUGUCCAAAAUGUGGUUGAGAAGUUCAGGACUGUACCUGAAUGGAAGAAGAACAAGAUGGGGAAUCAAGAGAGUGUCAUUGAAACAAGUAUUGUGAAGUGUAAAAAGAAGAUUAGGAAACUUGAGAAGGAGAAUAAGGAAGUGGAGAUGAACAUGUUCAUGUUUCAAUGGCUUAACACAAGUAGGGCUCAGCCUCAACAUAACAUGACGUUAGCAGAUUUGAAUCUUCUUUCAUCGGUGAUUGAACAGAAGUUGAACUGUUUGAUAAAGAAGAUGAGUGAAAUCAGCAUCCUUUGUGGGAUCCAAGCCUCCGCAAUAAUUUACACUCCAGAUGACCCUAAUCAGCAAGAGGUUUGGCCAUCUGCCUCAGGAGUCCAUAGUAUGAUUUCCAGGUUCAGAUCUGCGUCUGAACUUGAGCAAAGCAAAAAAAUGUUCAGUCAACAAAGCUUUUUGAGGCAGAAAAUCAUCAAAGGCAAGGAGCAGUUGAAGAAACUGAGGAGUGAAAACAGGAAGAAAGAAGUAGACAUUCUCAUCUCUCAAUACCUAUCUGCUAGAGACAACCUUGACAAGGCCAGCAUCAUUGAUCUGAAUGAUAUCUCGUUCAUGACUGAUCAAAAGUUAGCGGAAAUAAGAAGGAAGAUCACUACGCGCCAAGCUCAACUGAUGACACCAGUUACUGAAAAUGAAGGAGAACCCUUGAAUCAAGGAGAACAAGCUCAAGUGAAUCAUGUUGACACCAAUGUGGAUGCCACACAAAAUCUGAAUUGGUCUAUGGACUUCAUCAGUGCUGAUGGUGGCAAUGAAAUUUUAACAAUGGAAGAUGUUAAUGUUCUAGGUGGUUGGUUUAAUCAAUAUAUCCCUUGA